AUGGAAAUGGAGAAAGUGGUAUCAGAGAUGGACGAGCUGCCCAAGACUAUCGUGCGCAGAGUGGUUAAGGAUAAGCUCAAUGAGUGUUCACCCAAUACCGACAUCACCGUCAACAAAGACUCCCUUCUCGCUUUCUCCGAAAGCGCCCGUAUCUUUAUCCACUGCCUCUCCGCCACUGUUUAUGGGGUGAAUAUUACUUGCGGGGCUAAUGAUAUAUGCAAGGAGUCAAAGAGGCAAAUUACUAAUGCUGAUGAUGUAUUAAAAGCAAUUGAAGAAAUUGAAUUUCCUGAGUUCGUCGGCCCUCUUAAAGCUUCCUUUGAUGGUUAG